UUCCCAAACCGGAAACGAUAUCAUUAACUUCCGGGUCGUCACACAUGCCCGAGAAGCUGCCCUGCUAACAUAAUAACAUAACAUAAUAACAUAACAUAAUAACCACGUUGUGAGUCAGUGUUUCAGUCUACUCGCAGGAUGCAGAUCUGCAGCGUUUGCAGCGAACACACACCGAAAUACAGAUGUCCAGCCUGCAAGAUCAGAUAUUGUUCACUGGGCUGUUAUAAGAGCCAUAAAGAUUCUUGCCUGCCUGUUGAGCAGCCUGCACCUUUUGAUCCCAAAGCCACAGAUUCUUUCAACACUGAGACGUGGACUGUUGAGGAUCUUCUGCAUGAAGAGGACAUCAUUGACAAAGCGCCUCUGGAGAGGCUCAAGCUAUUGGGUCAGUCAAAAGAGCUACGAGAUCUUCUUUGCAACCCUCAUCUGAGACAGUUACUGCGCGCCAUCGACCGUGCAGACAGCAAAGACGAUGCUAUGAAGGCGGCUAUGCAGGAGCCUCUGUUUGUUGAAUUUUCAGAUCGGUGUUUGAAAAUUGUCGAAAAUGAAGCGAAAUCAUCAACAUCCAAUGAAGCUGAGAUUUUGUAAAAUUGUAUCAUCAGAUCAUUGUAUUUUUGUAUAAAGUCUCUGAACCAUUAGCAUGUAGUUUAGUUCUUGUAUUUUUUGUUGAUAUAUCAUACUGUCCUAUACCUUGUCAUGCUAUAUUAUUUAUUUAGUGAUUAAAUAAAUGCUGAAAUA